UAAUUCUUUUUUAUCUAUCAUAAUCUUCAGCACUACUUCUGCUUCAUCUUAGACCUCAUUUCCCUUCAUCCCCAUCCCCAACCCAUCUACUCCACUCUUUCGCUCUUGCGAGAGGAAAAGCAAAGAAAAAAGAUAUGGCAGUAUCGAGAUGCUUCUCACUUAAUGUAAUCUUAUUCUUUUCACUCUUUCUUCUAUCCACUAUACGUAAAACUACUUCUAUGCCGCAUUAUCUAGAAAAGAACUGUCCAAAUUCCACCUUUGCUCCCAACAGCAAAUACAAAACCAACCUCAAAACCCUCCUUAGCUCUCUUUCGACCAAAGCCACCACUAAUCCCUUUCCCCCGGGCGGCUUUUAUAUCACCUCCAUCGCAAACGAUACGAACGAUGCCGUCUACGGCCUGUUUCUUUGCCGUGGUGAUCAGAACAUCACCGGGUGUGGCGAAUGCGUUAAGACCGCCGCCACAUCCGGCUUACAAACAAACUGCCCCACCUCAAAAUCCGCAGUAAUAUAUUACGACGAGUGCAUGGUAAGAUACUCUAAUGAGUCCCUUUAUGGAAAAAUGGUCGACGAUCCUUUCUCAUCCUUUAUGAACGCAAAACGAUUUGAAGGGAACCAAACGCAGUUCUUUGGGAUCAUGUGGAAGACUAUGAAGGCUAUGGUGGCUGAGACGGCUAAUAAUCGAUCAACAAAGAAAUUUACUACGAAAAUGGUGAAUGUUACGAGAUCGGUCACUUUGUAUGCUAUGGAGCAGUGUACGCCUGAUUUGACGCCCAAAGAUUGUAGUUUAUGCUUGAACAAAGGAAUCGGACAAUUGGAAACCAUGAAAGGUGCCCGGAUUUUGAUGCCUAGUUGCCAUGUUCGGUUCGAGACCUAUACGUUUUAUAUUGGCGCCGUUAAUUACUCGUUGCCGUUGUUGCCGCCGCCGCUGGUGGCUGCUAAUUCCACCACUAACGGUAGAAAAGGAAAAAGGAAAUUAUCAACAAAGGGAACAAUCGCCAUUGUUAUUCCAUUGGUGGUUGUAUUUGGUAUAAUAAUUGCUCUGGGAUUUUGUUUAGCAAAGAAGAAAGCUAGAAAGUUUAGGGGUGUACCCGUUGGAAGUGGUGAGGAUUUUGCAACUCUCGAGUCCUUGCAAUACGAUUUAGUCACACUCCAAACAGCAACAAAUAAUUUUUCAGAGGAAAAUAAAUUAGGUGAAGGUGGUUUUGGUGGUGUAUAUAAGGGUAUACUAACUAAUGGACAAGUAGUAGCAGUAAAACGAUUGUCCAAAGGUUCCGGCCAAGGGGACAAGGAGUUCAAGAAUGAGGUCUUAUUCGUAGCUAAGCUUCAACACAGAAAUUUGGCGAGGUUACUGGGAUUUUGCUUAGACGGAGAGGAGAAGCUACUAGUGUACGAAUAUGUGGCUAAUAAAAGUCUUGACCAUUUUCUUUUUGAUUCUCCAAAUCAAGAACAAUUUGAUUGGCAAAGGCGCUACAAAAUAAUAGGAGGAAUUGCUCGAGGAAUGCUUUAUCUCCACCAAGAUUCUAGAGUCAAAGUCAUACAUCGCGAUCUUAAAGCAAGUAAUGUCUUGUUAGACGCAAGUAUGAACCCCAAAGUUUCGGACUUUGGCAUGGCAAGGAUUUUUGGAAUAGAGCAGAGCCAAGAAAAUACCAACAGGGUUGUUGGAACUUACGGUUAUAUGGCUCCAGAGUAUGCAAUGCACGGCCAAUUUUCUGAUAAAUCGGAUGUGUAUAGCUUUGGUGUGGUAGUGUUAGAAAUUAUCAGCGGCAAGAAGAAUACUAGUUUUCAAGAAUCAGGCUAUGCUGAUGACCUUCUAAGCUACGCAUGGAAACUAUGGAGAGAUGGCAAGCCGUUGGAAUUUGUGGAUCCAAUAAUAAAAGACUCUUGCUCGAGUAAUGAAGUAUUACGGUGCAUGCUUCUUGGCUUGUUAUGUGUACAAGACGAUAUGGAUGACAGACCUACAAUGGCAACAGCAUUGCUCAUGUUGGACACUCACUCAGUCACUCCUCCGAUGCCGAAAGAGCCAGCAUAUUUUGUAAGGAGCGCAAGAGAGCCAGACAUCUUGCUAACAGACAUUGCUUCAGACCAAUUCACGAGCAAGUCAGCGAACUUUUCGGUUAACGAUAUUUCUGUCACUGAAGUUCAUCCCAGAUAGGCCAUGCAUGCAUGUCUAGAUAUGUGUUAAAUCGUUUUGAUACCAAAGACUGGUGAUAAAAGAAGCUGCGACAUAUCUGUUGUUGUUGCAUGUAAUAUUAUUGUAUACCUUGUACUCAGUACUAUGGCCCAUGUAUGUAUAAAAUAUCUAUGGAGUAUAUAUGGUAUAUUGUUUGAAUAUAUCAAAAUGAAAUUUUGUU